AUGAAAUCAGCUCGAUCCUUUGCUUCUCUCAAUCCCUGCACUGACACGCAGUGGAAGUAUCUCACAGAGCACGACCCUAAGUUUGAAGGGCAGCGGAAACUCAAAAUAGAAGGCAAGGAGCUGGUGUCGGUGCCUCUGAGGGUCUUUGGCUUGGAAGGCCUCCAAGUCCUGGAGAUGAGCCCGGAAAGAGAGAGCUGCCUGAGGUACAGGAUGGAGCUGAUCCCCCGAGAAAUCAGCCACCUGAGGAGCCUAACCCUUCUUUACAUGGACUCCAACAACUUGAAGGAGAUCCCUGCUGAGAUUGGCACCUUGAGCAACUUAGAGAGACUCACCCUCAGUAACAACAGCCUGACCUCCCUGCCACCAGAAAUCGGUGGCCUGGAAAAGCUACACAGCCUGCAUCUGGCCAACAACAACUUCACGGAACUGCCCGCCCAGCUCUGCCAGCUCAGACACCUCACUUUUUUGGAUGUCAGCGAUAACCAAAUAAGCACCCUUCCUCCCGACAUUCAGCAUCUGCAGAAGCUGGAGACGCUGCUGCUGCUGUUCAACUCUCUUGAGCAGCUGCCGGGGAAUACCUUUACUGGCAAAGAGUUCCGGGACUACACACAAUUCCUAGCGCACAAUUCCAAAGCUUAUGAUGCGUACUUCGUCGUUAAACAGUUACUGAAGGAAAAGAUGUGCAUAGAACUGAUAACUCAGGCCAUGGCAGAACUGAAUGUACCAUCUUCUGUCAUGGGCAACGCGGCCAACAGAGAUUUUUUGGAACGCCUGAAGGCCUCGACCACCGACACCGGGGUAGAUUGA